CUUGGUUUCGAUGCUUUGCCAGAGCUCCCGAGCCUCGUUCGCACCUCUCUUCCCCAGCCGCCCCCUCCGUGCUCAGCCAGGCUUCACCUGCACUCAUCGCGCGCCACUGUCUGCGACGCUGCGGUACCUGAUCUCUGUCUGCGCCACCAACAGCAUGGCCAAGGAACCGACGUCGCGUGUGAAGGCGCAGGGAAGACCCGAGAACGCGCCAAACAGUGACCCAAACAGUGCGCAUUUUUUCACCACCGACGUGCGGGAGCCAUUCAAGGUCAUCGGAGAACAAAUGGUGUACCAGGGGUGGAAGAACGGUGAGUGAGUGCAUGGUGAGCAGGGAGGGCGAGUGGGAGGUCAUUGCGCUGGGCGACGGGUGACAUUGGUCGAUGAAUGAAUCAUACGGAUUCACGAGUCUGCUGGUGUCUGUCUGUCUGCAGUGAUGCACCGAACAAUAGAGCUGCCAAACGGCAAGACGACGCGAUAUGACAUCAACCAUUCAGUAAGCAAGAAGAGAUGCGAAGAGAAGCUGCCAUGAACUGUCUGGAUUGCUCGUGAUUGCCUCCCUCUGUGUCUGCUGUGUGUGUCAGGAUUGCCCCGCUGUGUUCGUCGUUCCAUGGGUAUGUAUGGAAGAUUGGACGCAGAUUGCUCAUCUCCGGUGUGUCUGUGUACAGGAUACGCAGAAGAAAACGACCAUCUUCGCCGGUAGCUCGCACACACAAAUGGACGCACUUCCCCGCCUCAUUGUGCCCAUCUGGGUGGUCCCUUGCCCUGUCUGUCUGCAGAGGAGUACUACCCAGGACCAAAUCAAUGGAAGAAAGGCUUUGUUGCUGGGCUCUAUGAACGGAAGAAGCACGAGUCGCCCCUCCACGCUGCAAAGUGAGCAAUGCGCAGAACACAGUCACACACACGCACACACGCAUCGUUGGUUGGAUGUGUGCGCAGGCUGGAGCUGGAGGAGGAGGCCCACCUGGUGGGCGGCAAGUGGAUCAAUCUCAUCAAUGAGAGGGGCGUGAUGGACUACGAAAAGUAUUCUGACCAGGUAAUGGGUGUUUAAUCGGUUCCUUCGUGCAUCCAUCUCGUGUGCCUUCCUGUGUGUCAGAUCUUCUAUGCGUUCUUGUGCCUCGAUCCUGUGCACACCGACGAUCCGCGGCCUCUGGAUGACUCGGAGGUCAUCUACCUGCACAGGGAUGUGCCGGCCAAAGCGGUAUGAAUGUAGGUAGAAUGGCGCGACAAUGCACGGACAGACUGUGUCUUGCUUGCGUGUCGUCUGUGAGUGUGCAGGUGUUGGAGGGUGCUCUGCAUGGUCAUUUCACGGUCACGACGUCCCUGGCCGCCCUACUGGCCAUCGAGAAGCUCAGAGAAAUCGGCGAGCUACCGAAAGACUUCUCGCUUGCGUUGGGUGCCUAGACAGACAGAACAGCGAGCGAUGCUCACUGCUGCGUGCGUAUGUGCUGCGUCCCUGCCUGACAUGGCGACAAUAGACCGUGUUUCAUACAUGGCGGAGUAGGUUUCAGUCUGUGUUCUCGCGCCCUUAUAUUGCGAUUGCGAUUCAAAGCACUUCCCCG